CUCUUGUACGCAAGAAUUUUGUCUAUUCGGCAAGGAGAGUGAAAAAUUCAUUCAACACAGCAAGAAGUGGAGUGAAACGCAUUAAGUGUGGCAACCGAAAAAAGAAAUACUAGUGUAAUUUAGUGCAGUUUUCGCAAUAAUUGGAACGCAAAAUGGCAAUCGAUGCAGUCUAAACCAGUCUGCUGUUCCGAUGCUUCUACGGGUAAUGGAAAUUUAAUGUUUGUGUUCGGAAAAAGUGAAAAGAAGAUAGCGUGUUGUUUUUAGGCGUGUGCUAAGAAGUGAAAAAAAACUAGCUCACAAGAGGCACUAGACCUCCACCGUGGAGGCUGGAGGAUAAGUGCGACAAUUUGUUACGGUGGGCGUCCAAAGAAAAUAUUGUUCAUGGGAAAAUCCCCCCAGGGCCAGUGGUGAUAGUUCUACUACUUCCGAAAACAAAAAUAAUUUUUCAAAAUUGGCGGUUCUGGGCCGAACAGCGAAAUAAUUAUGGCUGAUCAAAACGAGAAAAUUCUUCAUCGGUUACUGCAGAUCGACGGUAAUAACGAAUGUGCAGAUUGUGCGGCCAAACAUCCCGAGUGGGCCUCGUACAACAUUGGAAUCUUUUUGUGCACCCGAUGCUGCGCCGUCCAUCGGAAUAUGGGCGCCCACAUUUCCAAAGUCAAACACUUGAAGCUGGACAAAUGGGAAGACAGCCAGCUGGAGCGGAUGAUCGAGGUUGGAAAUAAGGCAUCGAAGAUGAAAUACGAACAGCGGGUCCCAGCUUGCUAUCGACGCCCGAGGGAGAACGAUCCGCAAAUCCUAAUCGAACAGUGGAUCCGGGCCAAGUACGAGCGGCUCGAGUUUUGCAUGAACGAACGGCCGAUCUACACCUUCGGGCACAUGGAAGGUUUCUUGAUGAAGCGUGGCAAGGAGGACAGUCGCUACCAGUUGCGCAAGUUUGUGCUUUCCGAGGCGGAUGACACACUGCGCUACUACGUGAAGGAGAAACGCGAACCAAAGGCAAUCCUAAGAAUUUCCGAACUGAACGUGGUGUACGCACCGGCCAAACUCGGCAAUCCCAACUCGCUGCAGUUGACGUUCAUGAAGGACGGUACGACUCGGCACAUUUACGUGUACCACGACGAUCCGAAGGAGAUCAACAACUGGUACAUGGCGAUACGGUGCGCCAAACUGCACCGGCUACAGAUAGCAUAUCCGAGCGCUUCCGAGUGUGAUCUGGUGGAUUACUUGACGCAUGAUUUUGCCCGGGAAGGCUGGCUGCUGAAAACGGGACCAAGAACAACCGACAGCUACAAGAGACGGUGGUUUACGUUGGACGAUCGCAAGUUAAUGUACCACGAUGAUCCGUUGGAUGCAAACCCGAAAGGGGAAAUCUUUCUCGGCAAUCAGUUGGAUGGUUACAGCAUUCGGAUAGGGGCACCGGUUGGCGCGAAAGAUCAGGGUUUUAGUUUUACACUGUUCACACCCGAACGGACGUAUAAUUUGUCGUCACAUAGCGAACAGGACCGCGACGAGUGGAUGACGGUUAUCCAAAAGGUGCUGGAACGGCCGCUCAGUCCGCAGGAUAGUUCAAUAUCCGCACGACUCAUUCGCAAACGGGGUGGAACCAAUUCGAUUAACAUCUUCACCGGCAGGUAAUAACUUUUAAUGCUUCUAUUUGUUUAGCUUGAAUUAGUUUAAGUAAAAACAAUGCAUUACGUAAUAGAAAGCUUUCGUGUCGCGAGACUCUGUCCCGUGAUCGUAUGCAGGAUAGAAUUCUGUGUCCAUAUUAUGCUACGAAUAAUAGCACGGAGAAAGCAAAAUCUAAAACAGUUAAUUUACAAUCGUUGUUGAAGGACUUUAGUUUGUAAGUGUGUAGACGGAUUCGAGCAGCGAUAUAGAUAAUAGGGAUCGUAGAAAAGUUGAAUUCAGUCACCGAUAUAGUUGCAUACUGCAUGUUUAUGUUGGGUUGCAUAAACUUUCGCAACCUAGGGGUUAUUUGUACGCCACUGGCAUCCUUGUUUAAAAAUUUAAUAUUGUAUUGUUUUCUUCCAAUUACUUGCUUGUAAAGCUCUAUAUUUAAAAUUGAAAUAAUGAUCACCAUAAUAUUAGGUAACUUAUUGAUGACGACAUUAGCAAAUAAUCGUAUUGAAACCAGGUAAAGGAGGAAGAACUAGAAUUGAUUAUUUUAUACAUAUUUGUUCGUAAGUGUGUGUGUGUGUACGUGUGUGAAAUCAAAGCUAAUCAAUCGUCCCCGGGUGGUCAGAGGACUUGACGUCAACUAGCAGCUCACGUGCCGAACGACGUACUACACUCCAACACUGCCUAUUUUUGCCAAAUAACAUAAAUACAAAUCGCAGGCAGACGAGACGAAUCGGAUCAAUAUAGGAAUAAUUUUUAUACAAAGCUUUACACCCUCGUACACAGAUAGAAGUUAAAAGUCUGAUUUUUAAUCAUAAAUAUGAAAUAAGGAUUAUUUAUUCUUAUUUUAGAACUUUUUACCACCGAAAUAAACGAAGUUGACAAGCAGAAUCAAGGGAUGAGGGAUUUAGUCAAACCCGUUUUGGGACCGUUUGGUUAGCUUCUGGACGAUGUUGGAAACGUGUCCUCCCCGUGAAAAUGAGUCAAAAGAAGCCGUGAAAUGAAAUCUGCGACGGAGAUGUAAAUGUUCUGGCUUGAAGAAAAAGUAGUAGAUUUAUGAAAUGCCACUUUUAUUAGAACAUUUUACGCGGAUGGCAUUGCAAAAAGCCAUUAUAAUCUAACUUAAAGCACAUCCCAAUUGCAGCGAUCACGGUCACCACACACGCUCAUUUAAGUCGUUUUCGCUUGAUACCAAAUCUAAUUCAGUUUUAACAUAAACCGCUGUCAAAUCGUUUGAUUGAAGCCAAUUUCGCACCUAGUUUCAACUAAACGUAAAUUGAAAUUCAAGUCAGUUUCGAACCUGAUUCUAAACGAAGUAGCUGGCUGUCUUUGGUUGAAGAUGUCCUUUUCGCAGUUUCAGUGCAGGGUUUACCGUUGUGUGCAGGUUGUUCACGAAACUGUCGCGUAAUCAUCGCGACUUUCAUAGGUAACCAACGAUUUACAAGGAUGCCUUCCGCCCUGACCACAAAUUACAUAAGAUGGAAUUGCCUCAAGCAGUAGCAUAGUUCCCUUUCGGUGGAAAGAAUUUCUUUGUACUGCGUCGUAUUUUCUCAAAUGAAAUGAUCACUGACCUUCGGGGGAAGUUCAUGUACACGCACCUGAAAGGGAUUUUGUAAUUAACGUUGUCAUACUCGAUACUAUGCAGGUCGAAUUCCAGAGAGAAUAUUCGCAGAUGAGCCUAAUAAUGACUUCACAAAGAGCUUCUCUUCUAAAGCUGGCUUCAGAUACAAUUGGAACAAAGACAGUUGCCUGUAUUUCAGUUAUUUAUUAUUGAAUUCACGAUCUUUUUUUAUACAAAUGUAGCGUUUUCUUCAUACUUUUAAGAAAAAAUGCGGAUAAAAUUAUUCGUCAGGGUUUCGAAGGAAUUCUCGAAUUUUUCCUGUAAGACGGCUCAUUAGGCGGCGAAUACCUUCUUCGUCCAUCGUUUUAGUUAUCUUAUUCAACCAGGUCGUCAUCUGAUUGAUGUCUUUGACAACCUUUCCCUUUACCUUGAGUCUCCUCUUCAUAGGGCGGAACUGGGGGCAGUUGGGUGGGUUAAGGUUUUUCGGAACAAACUUGACCCCUUUCUCUGCAUACCAUUCUUGAACGACUUUGCUUUGUAUGACAGCUUGCCAAAUCUGGGCAAAACAUUACGGGAUGGUCGUGGGAUCGAAUGAACGGCAAAAUUCGUUUUUGGAGACACUCUUUUUGGUAUAGUUCCGAUGUCAUUGUCUUAUUUGUAACGAAAACUUUCGUUUUUUUGCCACAGCUGCAAAUGCUCUGUCAAAUCAUAAAUUUUCUUGCAAAUUUGUCGGCAAAAAAUUUUUGACCUGGGAUUUGCCAGAAGUCAGCCUUGACAUAGGUUUCAUCGUCCAUCAGAAGACACCCGUUGAACUUGGUCAGCACCUGGUCACAUAGUUUUCGAGCACGAAUUUUGACCACACAAUUCUGUUUUAUGGUACGAUUUGGCUGUUUGCUAGCUCGAUACGACUUGAUUCCUUCCCGGAGUCGAGUUCUCCUCACGGUACUAUGGGCAGCACCGAAUUUUCUGGCCAAAUCACAGUCCAACAGAUUAGGAUUCCUCUUAAUCGUCUUCAAUAUCUUACCACGCAGUUUCCGGUCGACAGUUCCACUCCGACGAUUGGCUUGAGGCUUCCGAAUCGUCGCCAAUGUUUCCUUAUACCGUUUGAUAACGCGCCAUACGGUAUUUCUGGGCAAUUUCAGCUGUUUAGCUAGCCUAGAUGCAGACCACAAUGGAUUUUCCAAAUAACUGUGCACAAUUUUUUCCCUUCUUUCGGCUUCCAUGUUGAUUGUUUACAACGCACAGUCGAUUAGCGGAAUGUCAAAAAUCAUACGUGAAGCUGACAAAAUUCCCGACACGUGGGCGUCAAGAACUUCCAAAUCCGUCCACCAGCAGCGCCACAAUAUGAGCAAAAGUUUGUUCCAAUUCUAAAUGAAAAUUCUAAAGCUUUACUAAAAAAAAGUUGCAGUAUGUGGAUUUAUGUUUAUCUAAAAAUUAUCAUUCUGUCAUUGACCCAAACAGUAAAGUUCGUGAACGAGAAAAGGUUUAUGAGAAAAACUUCAUUAAAAAUUGGAAGCGUCUUUAAUUUUUUUACGUAUAUUAUCAACGAAAUAUACUAUUUAAUAACAAUAAGCCCUAAAUGAAAGCUCAGUUACUCUUUUUCUCUGAAAUUUUGUGUUCUAUAAUAAUGAAAAGAGAAGACUUCAAUAUUUUCUCCUUUAAAUAUAGUGGAGGAGCUACAAAAAUUUGUGCACUGGUGUGCCUUUUGGGAAAAAGUGACCAGAAAGCCCUGCAAGUAAGUAUAUGUGGAACACAAAAAUCAAAAUGAUACCCAAAUAAUCAAAUCAGAGCUUAAAAUUGGCACGCAUUCACAAUGAAAGAAUCAACAUAUCCAACAGCGUCAUAUUCGUUUUCUCGCCGUCUCAUUCGUAAACAAACGAAGAGAGACGAAGCACUUCCGUAUUUCGCAAAAGAGAGUAUCGAUGUUAACGUCACUCGUUCCCCUACGACAAGACGAAACCAAAAUUACGUUUGCAGGGAGAAUUAGUGGAAUUUCAAUUCUCAUUCUUUCAUCGAUAUAAUGAAAAUCUGUGACUAUAAAUCUAUAAAGAGUCUGUGACUAUAAAGCUAUAUGUCGUUGACUGGACAUGGAACUCGUUCUUAUAAUUCUCGGUUAAUUUUUCAAAAGGGCGUAUAAGCAAGUGACAGUUUCUCUUUAAUAACUCUCUCUCUUUCGAUUAUUGUGAUGUGAUUAAAAAGAUUUUCUUUGAUAUCACUAUUCUGUUUGAAAGUCGAAAGUUUCGGGUAUCAUUCAUGCAGAGUUGAGUGAUAAACGUGGAAACCGCUUGAUAAUUAAUAGAAGAAAAUGUGAACAAAGAGAAACUGUCACUUGCUUAUACGCCCUUUCGAAAAAUUAACUGAGAAUUUGCAAGCGGACCUGAGAGUGACAAUUUUUUCUCGCCACUUUCGUCUGUUUUGAGUAAUUGAAAAUGAUUUUUAUUAGCUCUGAUUCAAAUAACUACGUCAACAUUAACUGUCGUUUACAGUUAUUUUCCCUUCUUCUCAUCACAACACUUUAGAUGACCCAUGUUAAUUGUGCAGCGUCAGAAGUUAUAACGCCAUUUAUUAUUGGUUCGUAGUCACAAAAACUCCUUUUUCACGACACUACCACAAAUAUUUUGGCUGUGUAGCAACACAGGGUCCUCUUAGUACGUAUAAAACUUCUUUCUUGCGAUUUACUCAAGGAUUCACCGCACUGACAUAAGACAACGUGCGCAAAAUAAAAAAAAACUGUUUUCAAAACAUUCAGAGUUUGACCACCAGAGAAUGUAUAGUGUCUGGAUUCUUCUGAUUUAAUGAAAGGUAAAAAUUACAGAAGUAAUCAAACCAAGUUUUUUUGCGGUUUGAAACUAACUUUUUUCUUCUUGGUGGCGUCACCGAACUUAUGACUAAAGCUGGUUGAUGGCACAUUCAUGGAAGCUUUAUCGCCGAUUAGUUUUCGUUUAUAGUCCAAUUGACUUUUGUUCCAUUGACUAUCGGUAGAAAUCUCGUGGUUUUUCAGUGGUAACGUACUCGGAACCGCCAAACUACCUAAUUUUGAGUACUUUCCACCUAAUGUCGGAGUUACGUUCAAUAACCUAGAUCCAGGUGAAGUGACUCUAAGUAGUUUCCAUAAGGCACUUUUUUGGGUACUUUUGCUCUUUGUGUUUUGACAACAAUGGGAAGAGCGAAUGAAAGAAAAAAUUCAAUACAACUCAAAAUUAAGUAGAAUAAGUUGAAAAAAUGUAGUUUUCAUCGGAAAUUGUGGUUCCAAAGAAAAAACAACAUUGAUUUUCAUCUAUAUUUCUCAUUAAAAUCAUGUAUUUUCAUUACAAAAUCGUGACUGAAUUUUUUACAUGAAUAUUUGUUCAAAUUGUCUCAAUUUGCAAAGUGGUUUGAAAUUUUCCCACGAUUUUUGCUGAAAUUUCAAAAUUGAAUAUGUUUUAAAAAAUCUUUGUAACUUUGAAGUUCGAAUUCAUACAUAUUUUAUUUUAUUCAAAUCAAUCUUGUACUUCAAGAUAAAAUAGCUUUAGAUUAGAGUUCAUAUAACCAGAGUGAUGACAGCUGUUCAUUUGGAAUGACAGUUUUGUUCUACACGAGCAAACGACCUGUUAAAAUACAAUGUAAAGCUAACAAAACUGCCAACAUUUUGGAUUAAAUGUUGAGAAUUGUUGCCAACAUUACGGAUGAAAUGUUGUCACUCUGGUUAUAGGCUCUAGAUAUGGGUAAUUACAACAACACGGAAAAGUUCGCGAUAGCAAAACAACUAAAACAUUUAUCUUUUUUUUAGAAUCCGAUUGGUUAAAAAUGGGUACAAACUAAUCGAUUGUGCUUUUUUUUUCCUAAACUGUCAGUUUUGAAUUAUCAUACUGGCGCCAUAAACGUGUAAUGGAACACUACAAUCAAUCAUCGGAGUACGGAAAAAGAAAAUCUAUUAUGAAUUGUCAUUGUAACAAAUGAGCAACGACAUACUCUCAGCAGUUACCUGGGUUGUAACAACUUACGUAGUUGUUUAUUUCCUAAUUAGGAUGGAUUCAAAGGCAUUUCAGAUGUUCAAACCAACUAUCUAGUUGAAACUAUAGCAAAACAAAUGUUACGCUCAUCGAAUUAACUGGGUGCCAGAUCGAAGUGUAAUUCGUUCAAGUUAACUAUCGUUGCCAUCAACUUGAAAAUCGAUGCAUUUUCUCGGUGAUUUUUCCACGACAUAUGAGGUCGUUUUUCCAUGAUCGUCGAUGAAGAUUAUACCAUGUGCAUACCAAAAUACUGAAGCCAAAAUCUUUCCAGCUGACUGGUGUGCUUUUGAACGCUUCUAACGUGGUUCACCGGCUGCAGUCCACUCAGAUGAUGAUCGUUUUGAUUCCGGAGUGUAGUGAUGGAUCCAUGUUCCAUCCAUUGUCACAUAUCGACGUAAAAAUAUUUGAUUUUGUUACUCGCAAACAUAGCCAAACACUGAUCUGUUCAGUUAACAUGUUAUUGUUUUUGAUCCCCUGUGAGUAAACGCGGUACCCAUUUUGAGAACAGCUUUCUCGGGUCAAAUGUUCAUGCAUAAUUUUAAACACACUGCCUUCUGCUAUCUUUACGGGCUCAGCUAGUUUACGAUUAGAUAUAACCAAUUUGUGGACUUUUUCGAUGUUUUUUGGAGUAACUCCCUCAAUUGGACGACCAAAACUUUCGCCAUCAUCAGUGUCUGUACGACCGGCAAAUGUUUUUUUCGAUAGAGCGCUUUUGAAGCUAUUACUGAGCUUGUACAAUUUUUUUUCAUCAAGAAACAAUGAUAAACUAACACACGAAAUUGUUUUGAAAAUAACAAAAGUAGCUUCAUUUAAAUGUUGGUACUUCAUAAACGUCAUAUGUAUUUUACUAUGAUAGCGCCAUCUGUGUGUCAGUGAGACACGAUUUAUUAAAAGGUGUGUUAUGUCACGAUGUGUAAAUUUAAAUAUUUUUCAGAAGGCAACAGCAGAUUUUUUUUUUUAAAUGUUUCAUUGAAUCGAUAAAAUUUUAGCGAAAAUCAAGCAUAUCUCAAACAUAAUUGCAUUUUGUGGAGUGUUUGGUUCCAUAUUCAAACACGUCGUUCUAAUUUUGACUCAUACCACAGCCGGGAGGACACGUUUGGUUGGUAGCAAUGCUCUGCUCCUUAUUUUCAGGUUAUUUUUCGUUUUUAUCAGUCUUAGAAAGUAUUUUCGAUAGUGGACACAGAUAAAUCUUACUAGUGACAGUGUGAAACGAAUAAGUAAAGGAUAUAUGAAAAAACUAUUCAAUAGUCGAUUAAGAGCAACGGUUCGUGUAAUAUUAGAUUGUGUAAACCCCUAGUUGAUAAAAUUUUAGAUAGGCAAUAAUAACUCAAUUGUACCAUUGUAUUGACAGAAAGAAACUAAGCAAAACAAAAAACAAAAAAGAGACCGGUCUUUCUCACUCGUACUAGAAAUAGCAUUGGGUAUAACUGUUGUUGAGCAUUUUGUUUGAAAAUACUUAAAGACGAAUCGUUCAACGAAAAAUCGAAAGUUUGUUUCGAAUGUCUUAGCGCAUAGUUUUUACCAAAUAAUAAGUAAACCCAACAGUACCAAGAAUAUGAUUGAUUGUUGCUCAACGUCGCGUAUGUUUUUCUGUAUAGGUAAGACGAUCCGCAGAAUAAUCACCAAUAAAAUAAUGUUCGUACAA